CGUGUUUGGGAUUGUUGUGAUGGGAGGCGGCGGCCAUCUUGGAUCUACAGAGGAUCAGGACGCACAGGACGGAGCAGGAGCUGUUUGCUAAUGUUAGCCUGUGUUAGCCCGCGUUAGCUCGUGUUAGCUCGUGUUAGCUCGUGUUAGCCCGUGUUAGCCUAUAUUACCCUGUCCUAAAUAACCACAACAGAACAUAUUCGACAGGAAUGUGACCUGCAGACGGAGUUUGAGCCGCAGAAAUGCUCCACAGAGUGAGCGGAGUGAGCGGGUGAAGUCCAGGCCGCGGUGGAGCUCAUCCUCCUGUUUUUUAUUUUUCUGAGUGACAUAUUAUGAAUGGGGGAUAAAUGUGGCCGAAGGCUGACAGCUGCAGUUUGGUCCUCCUCUCUCUGCUCUUCGUCCUCACAGUAACGGACCCUCCACGGACAGGUGCAGGACUAGCUCUGGCCAGAUUAUUGUCAGAGCCGCGCUGUCCGGGCCAGUUCGCCUGCCGCAGUGGAAAGCUGCAGUGUAUCCCUCUGUCCUGGCAGUGUGACGGAUGGACAGCAUGUGAGGACAAGAGCGACGAGAUGGACUGUCCCCCUCUAAAGGAGGAACGGUUCCGUUAUGGAAAUGGGUUUGACCAGGUUGAAGAUGUGAUUGGAGUAGCUCAGCCCGUGCGAUUCAACAAAAAGUGUCCGACCGGGUGGCAUCACUAUGAGAAGACGGCCAGCUGUUAUAAAGUUUACCUGAGGAAUGAGAACUAUUGGCAGGCGGUGGACACCUGUCAGAAGGUGAACGGGUCGCUCGCCACGUUUGUCACCAACGAAGAGCUGCAGUUCAUCUUAAAGAUCGAGGUGGACUUUGACGAGAAAGUCUGUGAGCGCAAAGACCAGUGCAAGUUUUGGGUCGGAUACCAGUACGUGAUCACCAACCAGAACCACUCUCUGCAGGGACGCUGGGAGGUGGCCUACAAAGGUGCGAUGCAGGUGUUCCUUCCCCCUGAGGGCCUGGCGUCCAUCGGUGACGCGUCCCCGUCCCAGGACAGCGUGUUCUGUGCUCAGCUGCAGCGUUUCCAGAUCAAAAGUAUGAACGAGCGCGGCCUGCACAGCUGGCACGCCGAGAACUGCUACAAGAAGUUCCCUUUUCUCUGCAAACGACGUCAGACGUGUGUGGACAUCAAGGACAACGUGGUGAACGAGGGCUUCUACUUCACGCCGAAAGGAGACGACCCGUGUCUGAGCUGCACGUGUCACGACGGCGAGCCCGAGAUGUGCGUGGCGGCACUGUGCGAGCGGCCGCAGGGCUGUCAGCACUUCCGCAAGGACCCCAAAGAGUGCUGCAAGUUUACAUGCCUCGACCCAGAUGGGAACAGCCUGUUUGACUCGAUGGCCAGUGGGAUGCGUCUCAUCGUCAGUUGUAUUUCUUCGUUCCUGAUUCUGUCGUUGCUGCUGUUCAUGGUCCACAGGCUCCGUCAGCGACGGCGUGAACGAAUCGAGACGCUCAUCGGGGGGAACUUGCAUCAUUUUAACCUCGGCCGGAGAGUUCCCGGGUUCGACUACGGCCCAGACGUGUUUGGGACGGGCCUCACCCCCUUGCACCUGUCUGACGACGGAGAGGGAGGGGCCUUUCACUUCCAAGAGCCGCCGCCGCCGUACGCCGCCUACAAAUACCCCGAUAUACCCCACCCCGACGACCCCCCUCCCCCGUACGAGGCGUCCAUCAACCCCGACAGUCUGCUCUACGUCGACCUAGGUCACGCCGGCGUCGCCAUGGUACCAGGCCAGAUGAACGCCAUCGCAGACGGACUACAGUCUGACGUUCCUAAUCCGCGCGGUCCCGGGUCGGCGGCGGCUCCGCCUCAGGAGAGGGAGGACUCCAUAGACAGCAGCACGUUCCUGGUGGGGCCGGACACGCCCACGGACGGCCCCGCGGCUCCGAGGCCCAUGACCCCUGACUCCCUCAGCACGGCCGUAUAGGACUCGGCGGCGGGACUCGUGCGGUCAGGAGGCCCUCGGACUCUCUGGACUCGACCCGCGGUCGCCAUGUGGAAACCUGAUUUAAAGUUUGUACAGAAACGAUGAAUAGUUUGAUUAAAAGACUUGAUGUUUUGUAAAGAGACUGUGGAGGAGGCGGAGUUACACAGGACUGUGUUUUUACCCCCGCCGCGGCCUCAAGUCCAGACGCUCUACUGUAAAUCCCUCAGGUCAGCGCCGGUCCGGCUCCUGUGUGACGGACUCCCGACGACUCGCAGCUUUUAGUCCUGUGCUUCGUUUUGAAUCUGAAGAGUUUGUUUGGCUCUGUGGCGUUUCAUUGGCUGCGGCGGCGUGCUUCAGUAGCUUCGUUAGCUUGGUUAGCUAACCCUCCUUCACCUUCAUAGUUGUUUGGUCAUAGGAGUCGGUUUAAGGAUUUGAGGUAAAACAUAUUUUGUAAUUGUAAUGUUUAAAAAGACUUGUUCCGUUCGAUUCUGCAGAAUGUGAGUUUCUGAUGAACCAUCAUGAAGUAUUCACGAAGUAUUCAUGAAUAUUCAUGAAGUAUUCUGUUCUCCAGAGACUCUGAGCUGCAGAGUCUCAUGUAAAACAUUUUAUUAACAAUCAAAUGUUAAAUACUGUGCACGAUUAAAAAACGAUUUCCUUUGUGCUGCUUUCAGGGACGUCAGGUUUUCCACUUAUGAAUAAAAAUCCUCAGUGUUGAUCC